AACCGUAUCCCCCUCUCUCAGAGGUUCUGCCAUCCGUACGCUCAUGGCGUCCGAGAUCCGACGCUCCGAUCUCCCAAACCAUCUCUUUCUUCUUCAUUCUACUUCUCCUUAACAUCUUGUCAUUUUCUCAAAUCUCUUCAUUUUCUCGGUUCUCGAUCGCUCCAAAUCCAUUUCGUCUCCGUCCGUUUGAGAUUUCAAAUGCGAUUCUUCUCCGAGCAGUAAAAAGAUCGAUUCGACUCGAGACUGAUUUCCUCUUUCUUUGGAGAUCCAAACGCCUGAAAAUAAUAGAUUUGAUUGAAAUAAAGAGAACUGCCUCUGGUCUGUCCUUUUUCAGUGUGCAAUGGAUGCCGAUGGUCUUGUAAAUGAGAGCGAUGAUGCAAAUGGUGUUCUUGAGAAGCUUCCUUUGCCUAGCAGGGAAGGUUUGGAUUUGGAUGAAGUAAAUGGGACUCUUGGUAAUAGUAUAGAGGUAGUGCAAACUAACAUAAGUUUGGAAAGCACACCUGCUCAAUCUUCUCUGGGAGAAAUUGAAGUCAAACCAAUUGUCUGCAAGGAAAGUUUUCGACGCGCUUCUAAGGAAUCUAUAGUGAAAGACUCUGAUGGUGCAAACCGUUCCAAACCCCAGAAGGGUGAAGGGAAGAUCAGAAACUCAUAUACCACUAGCGAGAAGCCUUUGAGCACCGGACAUGCUGGAGCAACUUCGGUGAAAAAGGACAAAGAUGGGAAACAAGUGGGGGCAACUUCUUCUGUUUCAAAUGGUUCCCUCACUGUGACUUCCCGUUCUAAGCAGCCUUUUGCCCUUGCAAGCAACAGGGGUUCAAUUAAUGCAAAGCCGGCUUUUGAGGGAAAUGAAAGUGUUGAUUCGGGCAGCCCUACAAGAUCAAUGUCAGCAGCAAGUACUUCUCUGCAUUUCAAGCCAUCUGAAAGGUCUGGAUCAGCAACUUCCACCACCAAAGCCUUGCAGCCUGAUGGCCUGAAGGAAGAGUUAAAUGAACUGAAGCCUCUGAACCAGCGACCACAUGGUAAAGGCGAAGAACAUUCUCGUUCAACUUCUUCAAGUCCCACUGCAGCAGGUUCGAAACCCCGAAGAGCGGGAAUGAUGCCUACCUACAACUUUAGUUUUAAAUGUGACGAGAGAGCUGAGAAAAGGAAAGAGUUCUUCACUAAGCUUGAGGAAAAGACUCAUGCGAAGGAAGUGGAGAAGACUACCUUGCAGGCCAAAUCUAAGGAAACUCAAGAAGCAGAGAUUAAGAUGCUCAGGAAGAGCUUGACUUUUAAAGCAACCCCCAUGCCCAGUUUCUAUCAAGAGCCUGCACCUCCCAAGGUGGAGUUGAAGAAGAUACCAACAACAAGAGCCAAAUCUCCAAAGCUUGGCCGCCAGAAGAGCUUAUCAUUGCCUGGAGCUGAAGGAAGCAGCAACCCUUCAUGUCGGCCAGCCCGGCUGAGCCUUGAUGAGAGGGUCUCCAGAACUGGUCCCACCAAAGAAUCGUCCCCACAUGUGAAGAAGCCUCUCCGGAAGUCCCUUCCCAAACUGCUCUCAGAGAGAUCCACAUUGGGAAAUCCAGGGUCCCGGAAAACAGACCUGCCAAAGAAUCCCCUCCACAUUGCCUCUGAGGCACCUUCCGCAGCCGAAAUGAGCCAAACUGAAUCCAAGCAAGAUGGGCCUGCAGCGGCUGAAGAGCAAGAGGAGCACACCAACCAGGAGCGUGUUAUUGAAGCUAUUUCAUCUGUGCCUUGCGUGGAAGGGUGCUGAAAGGGUCAGUGGCAGAUUCAUGGAGCCAUCAAUGCCCUUUCUUCCUAUAUAUAAAAUAAAUAAUAAAGAAAAAAAGAAGCCAAUAAGGCUGUAGAUGUUUACUGAUAGACGGACGAAGGCAUGGGAAGAUUUUGUAUGAUGGGUUGUGAUGUUUUCUUGUUCAUAGUCUGCCGCAGCAUAGCCAGGCCUUUGGUGUGUGACAUGUUUGCAAUUAGAACUCACGCCUGUAUUUGCAGCACUGUAUUAUUUUGCAAUUUUAUGUUCUUGUUUCUGUA